AUGGAGGGGAAGGGGAUAUUCAAGUUAUUCGGCCCCGGAGCCAUAUAUGGGCACAACACAUUGCAAAAUCUUGUUGACCUGUACAUGCUGAACGAUCCCCUGAACUAUAACAAAGACAUCCCGUUCAUCAGUGAGACUGCUCCGAGGCAAAUUAAAGGCCCAGACAGCUUACAGCUGAACGAUCUGAUAAGAACUAGAGCCUUCUUCAUGGAUAACAUAAAAAUAUUCUUUCCUGAUAAUGAACAGCGAAAUAAACCCGAAAUAAUUCCGGAAAAAAAUACAAAUAUCUCUAUUCAGAUCGCAGAUUCCUUCCUAUUUCCUAUAAUUAACUUGGCAACAUCGGCAAACAUCGAAGCUGCGAAAACAGCUAUCACGAUUCUCUCGAAUUAUUUCAGAGAUCACGAAUGGAAUGGAGACAACGAUAUUUCUUCAUUAUCCGAAAAGCUCAUUCAAUUACUCGCUAAUACAUACUCAAGGGAGGACUCCACACCCGAAAUACAUGAAGAAACAGCGAAAAUUUGGUUGGAAUUAUUCCAUAGGAAGGGAAGACUUGACGAUAUUGUGCUUUUCCUGGGAUCUUGGAUUAACAGCAAAACGAGAACAAUUCCAAAUUUAGGUUUUAUUAUAGAAAGUAUCAAAAAAGAAAUUAUUCCUUCUUCAUUUCUUCGUGAAAUUUCAAAUAAUAAGUCGAAACCAUUUUAUUCUAGUAUACUAAUGAAUUCUACGCAAAAUACGCCCCGAAAUAUUAAAGUCGCGGCUCAUUGUGGUUUUUUAUAUUUAUUGGACGAACAAAUCGGUCUUGUUAAGCUCGGAACAGGAAUCAAUGGUACAAUAUAUUCAUCUUUAGAAGUAGAAAAUAAGAGUUUUACGCAAAAAAAUCCUAUCGGCCUGGCCGUCAACGAAAAAUUCGUAUUUGUUAAAUGCAGCAAUGAUCCACUUACAGUAUGUGAUCCAAUUUCAUUGGAAAUAAUCGGAUACGUUCUUUUUGACGGAACAUUUACUCAAGAUAUCACUUCAAACCAACUCUUCGUCGUUAAUGGAUCAUUUACAGCAAAGAGAGAUUAUUUGUACAUUUCUGAUGGCCAAUCCAUUUUCGAAUACUUAAUAAAAGACGAUAGAAUCGAACCAACUCGAAUUAUUAACUUAGCUUUACAUAUUACAUUAGAGCCAUCGACUAGUUUGGUUUGCAAUGGCGAAAUAUUCUUAAUCGUCGCUCAAUCUGCAGAUAAAUACGAAUUAUCAGAAUUUAAUCUUAUUAAUGGAACGUUAAUACAAUCUCAGCUUCAGCCAGACAUCAGUUCUAGCAAUGUUGCAUUUGACUACGAAACAAGAGCACUUUUCUUCAUAGGAACCGGAGAAACUUCAUCAUAUAUCAUUUGUUCAACGGCAAUCACGUAUUUAAACAAGGAACCAACAAACAACGCGAGUCCAAUGCUUACAAUCUUCGAAAUCUUACCCGCUUUACUCAUUUCCAGACAAAAUAAUGAAUUUGCUACGAAAUACACCAUAAAAGACAUGCAUUCGAUCUACAAAGUGCUUGACCAAUGCACUCAGUGCAAGGAUGGCGAGCAAUUCAUUACUCCCAUCGUUCAAAUGAUAAUAAUUUUCCUAAAUGAGCAUCCUUACUGCGAAUUACCACCUCCUGACCUCUUCCAGAAGAUAUUUAAUUACAUUUCCUAUGAUAUCAAGCCGUUCUUUAUCAAAGCCGUCUUUAAUCAGAUCCGACCACCAUAUAAUUCCCAAAAAGUUCUAUUCCAGAUCUUCGAAACGAUCGAUUCCAAGUCCAUUAUGAAGGGAAUCGGCAUGAUCGAGAUGAUUUCACCCGAAUUAUUGGUAGUUUUACUUCAAAAAACCGAAAUUUUGAAGGAAGCCACUUCCAAUCUUAACCAUUCAUCAUAUGCAUACAUCCAGAGGCUUAUCUACUCCAUAAUGAACGGCUAUUUCAUAGAAAACACCUUUACAACCGGUAUGAUAAUUCCAUUAUUUGUAUUACUUCAGCCAUCAAACUCCCAUUUGUUUUUCUCGAUCAUGGCAACAUUGUUACCUGUUCUACAGUUCGCCAUGAAGGACCAUUUGUACUUUGGAGCUUUGAUUCCUUUCCUUCCGAGUUUCAUCAAAAAACUCCACAGUUUUUGUCCCGUAAAAGGUCUUGAAGAGUUCGCAAGACACCACAUGAGUGUCUGCACAGACCAGCCCUUCUCCACUCAAGUAACAAUUGAUGAAACACCACAUCCUUACCACAACAACUCCGAUUAUGUCCACACAUAUGAAUUCAAAAACGCCAUAGAGAUUUCCAUUGUUUUUGAUCAGAUGACGAACACUGAAGCGAAUUGCGACUGGCUGCAAGUAUUUACAGAUAGGGAAUGCAUUGUUCCUUUGACAGAAAAGAUGAGUGGAAGAUUUAAUAAAUGGGUUUCUCCAAUAACAACACACGCGAAGACUAUUUCUUUGAAAUUCCAUUCUGACACGAGUGUUAAUGAGUGGGGAUACAAAGCAACUAUCACGCAGAAGAUCUUCUCACAGAAGAACUAUGAUUCCCCUGAUCCUCGCUUUGAUAUCUACUAUUCUUUGUGUAAUAUCAUUAUCGAGAACAUGAAGAAUUUCAAAGAAAUGAAUAAUUUGGAUUUCAAAAUUGACAAAUUUGACAAAACCGAUUUUGAUUUCGAUGAAGACAUUUCUGAUAAGAUAAAAGAGCUUGUCGGGGAUGAAUACAUCGGGUACUUAUAUCCUCUUAAAAUAGCAAUGAUCAACCACAUACAUAAGUACUUGAAAAACGAAAUCAAAAACAAAGAAAUGCUGUUAAAUAUCAUCAGAUCUCCUUUUGCAGCGAUUAAUUACACAAAUGAAGGAUUUGGGAAUCUCGCGAACCAGUUGUUGUUCUAUAUACCACCUGGUAUAUCCAAACAGAACAGGAACUUCCUCGCGGACACUAUAAAUGGUUCUCCACAAACGAAUUCAUUCAUCGAAGAAGCUCUUAAAUUCGCAAACAAUGUUUUCGAUUUGCAGAAUCCUUCUUUGACUGAUUGCAUCACUGCUGCAAACAAAGCAAUAGUCGCAUUCAAACUAAUGGGAACUAUUGAUGUGAAAGAAGCUAUAAACUUAUGGUUCAAGUGUUUGAAAGCUAUAUCAAGCAUAAGAAUCGUUCCUGGAUCAAUGACAAAUGAUAAUUUCAAAAUUUUGUCAAAAUUAGGAAAUUACAUUGUUGUUGAAAACAACUUUGCAGAAGAGUUUGUCAACAAACACUAUGAGAUAUUGAUCAAAACUGAUAUAAACACAUAUGUUACAGAUGCUCCUGUUGUUAGAUACGCUUUGCAUCGCGUGAAUGAGAUCCCUGUUGGUUCUGUUUCGAAUGAAACUCUUUUGAAAUUCACUUUGAGAGUUUUGGAAUUCAAUUUGCCAAAUAUAAUACACUCAGUUCUAGAAAUGAUCAAUAAGUUCAAUAUAAGAACUGAUGAGAUUUCCGAACAAUUUGAAUCAAUCAUCAGAAAAAUUGGAAAUUGUUACGAAUACUUUUUGUAUAAUAAUGUCAAAACGGUUAUUUCUGACGAUGGCAAAAGAUUUUCUUAUAUGCUAGCUUAUUGUUUGAGACAGAUGCUCACUGAGAAAUCAUUGAACAAACUCUCAACAAUCUUGAAUUCCGACAAUUGGUUGGGAGCUGCAAUAAUGUUGAGUUGCAGAAGUUUCCCAAUAUCUCCAAGCCAAAAAAUAAGGAUGAAAGAAGAAAACGUCGAAGGAACAAUCACAGCAAUUGAUCCUCUGAACAUUUCAAUAACAACGGAAUCAAAAGCAAAUUUGGUCGUUCCGUUAAUUGAUUUCACUUCACUUUUGCCAUUAAAACCGGAAUUUGACUUGAUUUUGCCAGAACCACUGAAAGGAGCUGAUCAAAACCUGAUUAACUCAUUGCUAAAGCAUAAGAACUCUUAUAUAGCUUUAUCAGCGCUUUCGGAAAUCCUUAAAAACAGUGAUUGUGACUUCAAACAAGUUUAUGAUCAAAUUAAAAAUGUUGAAUGUCACUUUUUGUCAGAAAGGCCCACAUUUCACAUUUUUGAAGAGAUGACUACGAUGAUAAAUAAACUUCCUGAUACAGAAGGUCUCAGGAAAGAGUUAAAUGGCAAUACGACCAUUUAUUCAUAUAUUUAUGACGACACGAUUUCUCUUUAUCAUUUUGAACCGAAUGGCGAUGCUUUCUUUGGUUUUUGCGAGAAAGACAAUACAUUGCCAAGUUCCGCUUUCCUUCUGAAGUUGACUGAGAAGAGUAUAAUAUUUAACAACACUGUAAUCAUUGAACACGAAACAAUCAAAGUUGUUAAAAUAGGAUAUCUCAAAGAAACAAUGGAAUUAUACAUUUCUACCGGCGGAGCUCCGAAAUGGACAGGAAUAUUCAUUCAUCCAAUGAAUAAUCCAAUACCUGUAAUCAUUUCCAGACAAAAGAUCACGAAAUUCGAUCCAUCUCCUUUAAUUUGGUGUCCUUUGUUUGAUAACUCAAUGCAAAUAGAAGGAAAUAUCCCUACACACGCUUCUAUUUGCGAAGAAUUGAUUCCAAUUGAUGAAAUAAAUGACUUCACUUUUAGUAAAAGUGACAGUACGAUUAUUUCAUUAGUUCCUGCUUUAUCUAAGUUUGUAAAUCAAUUCUACAUUGAGUUCCAGUUCAAAGGACCACAGCCGAAGAUCUGUGUUGCAUCUCCAUUGCAAAAGAACAUUUACACAUUUGCCUAUCAAAUUCCAAGUGACAAUUCCGAAAUUUGCGGAUUGUUGAUUGACAAUGAAAGGCAUUUAGCAUGUGUAACAUUGAAUGGAGAACUGUUGCAAGACAGCGUAAGACCAAUAGAAGAUGAUGACGCGAUAAUUAUGUUCCAAACAAGUGAAUUACAGAGUUUCACGUUAAAUUCUGGAUCAAUGCCAUAUUUGUUUGAUCUUUCACAACAAAUAUUCGAACCAAGCGUUGGAAUAAUGCUUGAGAAGUCACAGAACGCUGUUGUUUACCAAUUACAGACUCCUGUGGACUUCGAUGUAUCUGACCAACAUAAUUUCGCAACAGAAAUGGUCGCUCCUUACAUUGUUACUUCUGCAGAAGGUUCAAAUGAUUACGCAGAAAAACUCGGUUUCGGUUACGCCGAUAGCCAAAACGUGACAGUUUAUUUAUCCGGAAAAAUGAAUUCCAGCUUAGCAUCGGUAACUGUUCCAUUCCAAAACGCAACAGGAAUCAUCGAAAGAAUUUCACAAACACACAAUAAUUUCCAGAGAAAUUUGAUGGAUUACAUGGCCGCAAUUUCCAAUUUACCUUACAAUGAAGGUUGUUUGUGUCCUGAAAAUGCAGAGAGAUUCAAAUGGAUAAUAUUAUGUAUUUGUUUAGACAAAUGCAAACAAAAAAUGUCAAAUGAAGAAAAAAUUGACUUUUUCAUCAAUUUGUUGACAAAUACUUAUUGUGAGAAUUCCAUUUAUAAACCACACAACAUUGAUGAUUUCUUUAAUGACAAAGACUGUUUGACGGAAUUAUGUCAGACAGCAAUGAAAACAUUAUUACUUGACCGAUCUCUUUUCAAAGGAUUUCCAUUGUAUACUCUUUAUCCAAACACUUCUUCUGGAUCAAGAAUAUCAUUACACAAUGCGAAAAGAGUUCUUUUUGUUUGUAAGAGCUGCAUGUUGAAAUCAAAGAUUAAACUAACUGAUAGACAAGGUUGUGGAAUAACUAUUGACAAUGGUUCUAAUCCUAUUUACAUUUUCGAUGGAGACACAAUUAAUUUUGAACAAGCAAAUUCAGGAGACAUCAUCACAGCACAUAUCAUUCCUUUGACAGGAAAAUCAAAUAGGAAUGAGUUUAAUUAUGGUUUCUCUUUGUCUUUCAUUCGUUUGUUCAUCGAAUAUGUUAAAACACACAAAGAAAACAAAGAAUGCAUCAAAAUACUUGAUGAUUACAUUAUUUAUCCAUUAUGGAAAUUAACAAUGACAACAAAUGUCAGAGUUUAUAUUAAUUACAUUGCUGAUUGGCUGACAGUUAUAUUAGAUAAAGAAAUCUUUAGUGAAGAAAUGCUUGUUAGAUACAGAAAAGUCCUUAAUAUACAAAGAGUUAUACAAGACCAACCAAGUGUUUUGACAGGAAUUCUUUGUUUAAUUUCUGUUUUCUUGUACAAAGGACAAAGUUUACAAUCAUUCAUUGAAUGUGUCUUGGAUAUUGAUAAAUCGAAACAAACAUUUGCUUCUUUGAUAUUCAGACAAUUAUCAUUAGAACUCCUCAAUCCAUUUAUCACGAAAGAUUCUUUGUUAUCAAAUCUCCCGCAAUCAGUUAUAUCAAGUAUUGCAAUUGAUGCAUUGAGUUUAUCUUUACGUGAUGGAGCAAUGAUUGUUAGAGCAAAUCCAACGGAAACAUCGAAGAUUGCUACAAUAAAUAGCCCUGAUGCAUCAGGACUUGCUGUUAUGAGAGUGUUGCCAACAACAACAGCAUCUGUUUCUCUAAAGAAAUCUCCAAUUGUUCCAGAUUGCAUCAUUCCAGGUUCAGGAGGAACAUUGAAGAUCACUAAAGGUCAUCAAGACCAAGUUCCAUAUGUUUUGCAGAUCAUUCCUGUUGGUAAAAAGAUGCGAAGACAUGCAGAUGAUGCAAGAAGAAUUGCAUUAUUAGUUGACGAAAUCAGAAAGAAAUGGACCUCAGAAGAUGAAGCAUUGGCCGUGUUUUUGUCACAGAUCUCAUUCCAAAUGAAUUUCCCACUUCUUUUUGCAGGAAUGAGUGAUGACUUGAUCAGAUUGUUCUUCCCAAGAGUAUCAGUUACAGCUGCAAGAUUCAGAUGCUCUCUUUGUUUGGAAUAUCUUCGAGGAACAGAAAACUGUCCACAACUCGAUAUUUCAUCACUUUCAAAUCCAUUACUUAAAGGUUUGUUUUCAGCAUUGUUCCCACAUCGACAACUAUUAGUUGAUCCUGCUAAAUCAUCCUCAAUUCUUCCACCAACACUUCCUACCAGAAAUGCACAGUUGUCUGACUUCUUCUCACAGUUAUACGAUGAAUUGAGGAACUCUCCUCUCUCACGCAUUUUUUCAUUGGGAACAGAUGUUGUUGGAUCUCUCUCAGAACCACACAAGAUAUCAGAUGUCUUAUUGUCAUUGAAGAACGACAUGUUUGAUGAAAAUGGCUGUCCUUUGAAGACAUCUUUGUCACCGAAACAGAUGGACGGAUACCUCGGAUUCGGUCUUUUCGGUGCCAUCUGCAUUGCAUCAGGAAGAUUGUUGCCAUUCAACGUCAGUGAUGAUGUCAUUGAAUCGAUUGUUGGAGGCAAUUAUCAAGAAACACCACAGCAUACAGCUAUUCGAUUAGGUGCUUCACGUAUAGACAAAGCAUGUGUUCGAAUGUCUGUUGCACGAGAAGGACGCUCAUACAUGAAAUACUUCAAAUUGGCAGCAGCUACAUUAGAUUCAGAAUUGGAUGAACAAUCGUAUGGUGCAUCAGUUAUUUCAUCACCAAUUUUCGGACCAUUGAUCAGAACAGUUUGUGGUGGUAAGAAGAUCAAAUCAGUUUCUAAAGUAUCAGAGUUUGUUUUCUUAUUCAACAGUGAAACAGGAGAAUUAACAAUUCCAGAUGACGUUACAUUGUUACAAUCAUUCCAAUGA